AUGUAUUUCAUCAAUAACGAAGAUAUUCCUGAGAAAAAAUCAAAAUUUUUACCAAAAUCGGAAAUCGUGUCAAAACCAGAAAUCGAGCCAAAACUUGACAUUGCAUUACAACCAGAAUUAUCUAAGUCUAUUAAUGAUAAUACAAUACAUCAAUCGAAAUCAAUAACCAAUGAGAAUAAAGUUGAGAAACGAGUGUAUGGUCGAGCCAGGGCAAAUUUGAGCUUCAGCUCAUUUUAUAUAUUCUGUGAAGAUUUUCGCAAACAGCUUAAUUACUUAUAUCCUCAUAAAAGUGAAACUUAUCAUAAAACUAUACUCAACUAUAUGUGGAAACAUUUAAACAUCAGAGACAAACAUAAAUAUUAUGAAACUGCAACUAAAGCUCGCACGAUGUACAAUCUACCAGAACUUCCAUGUCGUGCAGAUCAAGAAAAAUUAACAAAUACAUUUACAAAUAGCACAGAACCUAAUACCUCCAGUGGUUCAAGAGUAGUCGGGAAACUAGUUAAAGUCAAGUUUUCAAAAUCAUGCGCCACACCAAUAAUAACACCUCUGAAGUUACAAGACGUCGUCGUUGAUCAGUUAGAAGAAAAAUUGGUGCGCGGUCGGCGCCAAGACGAAGUUGACGGUUUCGGUAAAAGAAGGCUACGACAAGAUUACGGUGAGAUAUCGGAACACCAAGAUCACAGUGCGGAACACGUGUCCACGCCACCUCUUGGUCACCGUGACGGUCAAGCUGCAGGCAUCGACGAACCGCGGGGGCGGUUGAUCGUCGCCGGUCCGGCUCCCGUCUAUCCGGCGAUCCGCGUAUCGUCGAGUCGCACCACAUCCACCAUCACCACCAGUCGCCUGCAGCAGAAUCCUCAGCUGCACCAGCGCCCGAAGGUCGACGAGGUAUCGACGACGUCGUCUUCUGCCCGACCGGAGGAAAUCAUGUUGCAACAGUACCAGCAGCAACCCGACUACACGCCCUACGGCGGUAUCGGGUACGGCGCGCAGCCCAACGCCGGUUACUUCAACUAUGCCGCCACCGAAUCCUCUUGGUACGGUUCACCGUCGUCGGGAACCGAUCAUGCGCAAAUGCAUGCCGGUUUAUCACAUAACGCGUGCAACACACAUAUCGGCGACAGUACAGGAAACUUCCUGAACCAUGGUUAUCAUCAGGCUACGUCGACAGGGGCGUCGACGUCUUCGGCGGAAUCGUUCGCCGCCAACAACCAUCCGGUGUCCCAGGCCGACAUGACAGAUCCCAUGGCAGACUUCUUGGGCGGCCACCAAAACAUGACCGAAAACGACAAGAUCAUCAAGGAGGAGUCCAUUGACUGGCUCUCGACCAUCAUAAACGACGAAGUCGUCGACCACGGUAACCGGCCGGACGUUUGUGACGGGGGCGGUGGUGGUGGUGUGGCGGGCGGCGCAGGUGGCAACGGCGGGAAACUCGUCGGCGACUUGCCGUGCGAGAGCAGGGAAUCCAACGGUCGGUUACCGAACUUUCAUCAAGCUUUCGGGUCCACCGAGAUAGGCAGGUUCUCGCAGCACGAGUACUACGAACCGCCGAAAGACUCGAACAUCGGCGAAUGUCAGUCGGCCGGCCGGUCGGGCGCCGCGCAACAAACCGGCGCCGGGACGUCGCAGCGACCCGACGAACAGCACGCGGUGGCGGCGGCGGUGGCGUCGUCGUCGUUUGAACCGCCGCGGCAACAGAACAGGCGUGGACGAGCGCAGCGCGGCGGCGGCCAAAACCGGCGCAACAGCAAACAGACCAGAACGGCGGCCGCCGCCGCUGCUGCGGCUGCUGCCGUGGCCGCCCAACAGUACGCGGGCUACGACGUGACCGGUGCCGCGGUGGGCAGGCACCAAGUACCUCCGUACCACCACCAGGACCCGUACAACCGGAACCAUCAUCAUCACGCCCAACAGCAGCGGUACCACCAAGAAUACCAUCACCAAAACCAGCAGACGCCGUACCAGAACCACCAACAGGAGUAUUACAGGCCGUACGACCGGAUGCACUACCAGCAACAACAACCGCCGCCGCUGCCACAGAACCAGUACUACAGCGGUAGUAACGGUAACAACAACGGUGGCGGAAGCAGUAGCAACAGCAACAGCAGCAACAACAACAACGGUAACCGGGAACAGUCGUACGCGGGUGGUUACAACAACCGGUUUCACUCGUGCUGUUCUACUGAGCACAUAGCCAGGCCCAGUCAUCACCAAAACUACGGCGGUUCCGGCCAGUACUACGGUGAUUACAACACUUACAACCAAUGGUGAUGCGAUGAGUAGUAAGUACUCGUCGUCCACACCGUUGCUGCCGCCGUGUCAUAAAAUAUCGUUUUUAACGUCGUUCUAAAAAAAAAAUAAAAAAUAAUUAUAAUUAUAAAAAAAAAGGUAUGUUCCGUUAGUGCGCACCAACAACGGCGGGUGUGCCUUUCAAACAGUCCCUCCUCCCCCACACCCUCCGACCACUUUCCCGACAGAUACAAAAAAAAUAAUGUUUAUCAAAUCAAUAUUUUUAACUCACUAUAUAUCUGUGAUACGAUGACGAUGGUAAUACAUGGUAUAACGGUUAUUCGAUGUGUAUUAUUAUCAUCACUAACGUUAUGUGCAACAACAAAAUUUGUGGCUUAAAAUGCGAGCGUAAAAUGCCGUUUUUUAUUUCUCGGACACGCAACGAGAGUCAAUUAUAACAUAUAUAACGUCGAAAACGAAAUUCCCGAAUUGUACAUUAUUCGUCUUCUCGUGUCGCGUUUUACAACAACAACACCGGGCGUGUAAAAACGAUAACCGUUUAACUUUAUAUAAUAACUACUAUUUAAAACAAUUAAUGAUAUUAUUUCGAACAAAAACCACCACCGGCGCGCGACUGCAGACUGCAGCGUCGUCGUGUGUUGUGCGCUGCGCGGACACCGAAGAAUAAGUCAUCGGAAUCGCCCGAGGUCUAUAUAAUAUUGUUAAUGUGAAAUAAUUACGACGUGGUGCCAGACAGGAGACUUUCCGUUUUUUUCGCGUCAGAAUUCAGCCGUCGAUCUCGAAUUCUCCGGCGUGGUGUCGUCCGUGUACGUUAUGAUACAAUGAUUAUAUAAUAUAUAGUGUUGUAACAGUACCUAAAUAAUACGGGCGUUUUUCUGCCGCGAUUUUCUUCUAUCUUCUACAAACCGCGACGGCGGACGUCUCGUCUCGUUUCGAUGUUUUAUAAUCGUAUAAUUUACAUUAUAUAGUGUUUAAGUCGUUGUGCCUUAUUAAUUAACGGUUAAUGUUGUAAAAUGCACCA